AAGUUCGACGACAUACGAAUUAAAUAAUCGAUCAUCGUCGAUGCGAUUAAUUCGUUUUGUAUCGUCAAGCGGGAUUAAUUCUAGUUUAAUUUUUCUUGAAAUUUUGUAAACUGAUCUGUAAUCGGAUCUUAGACUAGUCUAGAAUUCUGAUUGAAGUGUGAAUAACCAAUCGGAGAGAAACACGUAAAGGCGACUUUUGAAAUCCACGUCAGGAGGACCGGCAAUUCAUCUUCCUUUAUUCUAACGCAGAGUCGUCUAGAGAAAAUGAAGGAAUAUUAUAUUAAAGGUUUUCUUCUUUUAAUUGCAUUUAUAGAAAUAUGUAGUGGACUUUAUGGUAGUAAUUCUGAUGUUAUUGAAUUAACACCUUCUAAUUUUAAUUCAAAAGUAAUUGGAAGUGAUGAAAUUUGGAUUGUUGAAUUCUAUGCCCCUUGGUGUGGACAUUGUAAGGCAUUUGCUCAAGAGUAUUCUAAAGCAGCUACUGCACUUAAGGGUGUUGUAAAUGUAGCUGCUGUAGAUGCUGAUAAACAUCAGUCCUUAGGUGGUCAGUAUGGAGUAAGAGGUUUUCCUACUGUUAAAAUAUUUGGUAGUGAUAAAAAUAGUCCUAAAGAUUAUAGUGGUCCAAGAACUGCAACGGGUGUUGUUGAUGCAGCUUUUAAAGAAUUACGAAGAAAUGUAGAUAGAAAACUUGGAGGAGGAAAGUCUGGAGGUAGCAGCGGAGGAGAGAAAACAGCGGAUUCAAAGGAUGUAGUAGAGUUGACAGAUUCAAAUUUUGCAGAUAUUGUGUUGAAAAGUGAUGAAAUGUGGUUGGUGGAAUUUUAUGCACCAUGGUGUGGACACUGCAAAAAUUUAGCACCUCAUUGGGCUAAGGCUGCUACUGAAUUAAAAGGAAAAGUUAAACUUGGAGCUCUUGAUGCUACGGAGCACACAAUAACUUCCAAUAAAUACGGAGUAAAAGGUUUUCCAACAAUCAAAUUUUUCCCAGCGGGAAGAAAAGAUGGUUCAGCUGAAGAAUAUGACGGAGGUAGAACUUCAGCUGAUAUUGUGAGUUGGGCUUUAGAUAAAUUUGCUGAAAAUGCUCCACCACCUGAAAUAAAACAGUUGAUAAGUGAUGAAACCUUAAAAGAAUCUUGUGAAAACCAUCAAUUAUGUGUGAUCAGUAUUUUGCCCCAUAUUUUAGAUUGCCAGAGUGCGUGUCGAAAUCAAUAUAUUGAAAUUUUAAAUAGAAUCGGAGAAAAAUAUAAAAAAAAUUCCUGGGGAUGGAUUUGGGCAGAAGCAUUAGCGCAGCCUGAAUUGGAAGAAGCAUUAGAGAUUGGUGGUUUUGGUUAUCCAGCAAUGGCUAUAGUUAAUAUUCGUAAAAUGAAAUAUUCGCUUUUAAGAGGUUCAUUUAGUUAUGAUGGCAUUAAUGAAUUUCUCAGGGAAGUAUCUGUUGGUAGAGGAGCUAGUGCACCUGUGAAAGGAGCAAAAUUACCAAAAAUUCAUGUAACCGAACCUUGGGAUGGUAAAGAUGGAGAGGUAAAACAUCAUUAUAUAAUUUUUAUAUCUGUUAACAAUAGAACUAAAAACAAUUUACUAGUAAAAAACAUUGUAAAUAUAAAUAAUUUGAUAAUUACUUUUAAGACAUUUAAAUAAACUAGUUUUUUAAUA